UUCAAAUCAGAAAUUUCAACUCCCUCACGUCAAGUUGCAAAGUACCCCUGACUCUUCAUCUCUCUCUGCGCAGACAACCCCUGGCAUUGGGGUAAAUACUGAGGGUCUUUGCACGGAGCCUCCUGCUGAUCCUCAGAACAACAGAGGCGGGAGAAGAUGGUGACGCGCCUUCUGAUAAACCAUCCCCAGGAUGUGGUGACCUUCCCUGACGUGGCUGUGAACUUCAGCCUGGAGGAGUGGAGGUGCCUGGACACUUCCCAGCGGAAGCUCUACAGGGAUGUGAUGCUGGAGACCUAUCAGCACCUGCGGGCCGUCGUCCACAAUUCUCCUGGCUCUGUGCUAAAGGAUGACUCCUAUGAGUGCUCAGGGACCAUGGGGGUGCCGAGGAUUGAACCCGCUUGGCAGCUUAAAAGGGCAUUCUGGGGUGAAGCCUGCGGUGAUCUCCUGGCUGAAAGGAGGAACCCUGAGGCCGGGGAGGAGGAGGAAAUGGCAGCCUUCGUGGAAGGUGGACUCUAA